UAGGUCAACUUGUCAUUGGUCAAGAGUAGGUAGAUGGUGGGUAGCUUAAAUUGUGGGCACUUUGAGGAUGUUGAGAUGAGAUCAGAGAACUGGAGCAGGGAUGAGAUGUUAAAAAUUAAAAUGGCGACAAAUCGACAUAAAGCAAGUGUUCUGUGGUGUGGUAAUUUACAAAAAAUCUGUAACUUCAAUCGAGAUGGACAAUGAGAAGAUAAAAAAAAGAAAAAUCCAAGCAGACAAAACAUUUAAAAGUUAUUGGCUAGAUGAUCCACUUUUUAAACCAUGGCUAUUACCAGAUACUCAGUCAAAGUAUAUGGCAAGAUGUAAAAUUUGCAAUGUAACCAUCAAAUCAGGGAAAAGUGAGUUACAAAAACAUGCAGGUACGAAAAAACACUUGGAAAAACUGAAGCUAAUUAAUCACAAUAAAAAUGUUGAUAUAUUGUUUAAAAUCAACGAAGAUACGGUGCAUAAGGAUAACGUCAAAAAAGCUGAAAUUAAACUAGCAGCAGUAUUUGCAGCUAACAAUAUUGCAUUUCGAGUUAUUGAUCAAUUAGAACCUGUUUUAAAGGAAAUAUUUCCGGACAGUAAGAUAUGCCAAGACAUCAACAUAAAGAGAACCAAAUGCACUGAAAUUGUGAAAAAUGUUUUGUGCAAAAAGGAGACAAAUGACUUAGUGACACAUCUGAGAAACAAUACAUUUUCUGUGCUCUUGGAUGAAUCAACUGAUAUUGGUGAUUAUAAAAGCGUAGCUGUGUUGGCAAGAUUCUUAAACCAUGAUAAUAAGAUCGAAACUCGUUUACUGGAAUUAAUACAACUAGAUGCAAGAGAUUUAGGUGCUACAGCUUUAUAUAACACAUUUAAAGCAUGUUUAGAAAGACACAAAAUACCCUUGCAAAACAUAAUAGGUGUUGCUUCGGAUGGCGCUAGUGUCAUGAUUGGAAAAAAUCAUUCAUUUUUUCAACUGCUGCAAAAUGAUGUACCACAUGUAAUAUUGCUACGUUGUAUAUGCCAUUCUGCCUCACUAGUUGCAUCUAAUGCAUGCACUGUCUUACCUCGAAGUUCUGAAGAACUUUUGAGGGGUAUUUACACCUACGUUUCUGGAAGUUCUAAAAGAUCUGCACAACUACAAGAAAUGCAAGAAUAUUUUCAGGAAAGGAAGCAUAAAAUACUUAAACUGUCAGCAACCAGAUGGUUAAGUCAUUUUGAGUGCGUAGUUAGGAUUUUGGAGAACUGGAAUGUAUUGGAACAUUACUUUGCAAUUGCGGUGCUAGAAGACAAAUUAAAAAGCGCCGAGUUGAUUCUAAGUGAAUUGAAGAAUAUAUACACAAAAGGAUACCUAUUUUUUUUAAUAUAUGUCCUAAAUUUGUUUAAUAGCUUUAAUGCUCUUUUCCAAGGCAGAAAGCCUCUAAUCCAUGUCUUGUACUCAGAGUGUACAAACUUGAUGAAACAGUUAUGUAAAAAUUAUCUGGAUGGAGCGAUAGUGCUCGAACAAAAUCUACUUACACUAAACUUGAACAACCCGCGUCAUUUUUCGCCUUUAGAAAAACUAUAUGUCGGCCCAGAGUGUUCUGCACUUGUAAAGACAAUGCCCCCUGAUGGAAGAGAUUUAUUUUUAAAAAAUUGCCUUAAAUUUUACGUAACUGCAGCUGUUGAUUUACAGAGACGUUUACCUGAAGAAAUAUUUAGGGAUAUGAGGUUUCUGAAUCCCAAUGUUGCAUUUGCUAAAAGUGAUGAUGAGAGAAAUAUAGAUUUCAAUAUAUUAUGUGAUAAACUAAAACAUAUUAACGCAGAUAAGACUGAAAUCGCGAUUGAAUGGCGGAACUUGCCAAUUUCUUUUAGUGAGACUGAAAUUAAAAAAUUUACAUCCUUGCAAUUGCAUGAAAUGUGGUUAAAUAUUUGCUCAACAAAAAAAUUUAGUGAAGAUUUAGCUUUUCCAAAUUUAGGAAAGUUAGUCAAGUCAAUAUUAAUUCUCCCUCACUCUAACGCAGAAACAGAGAGAAUUUUCAGCAUUGUCACUGAUACAAAGACCAAAAAAAGAAACAGGAUUGGGGAGAGUUCUUUAAACGCUGUUGCUGUUUUUAGGAGCUUUUUACAAGCAACAGAACUAGAUGUUGUCAAGUAUCCAAUAACACAAGACCAUCUGCAGUUACAUAAUGUUGCAAUGUAUUCAUUUAAACACUCAUAAAGAGGCUAGAUUUUUGUCUUUUAUUUGUAUUGUAAUUAUACAACUAUAUUUUUGUUACU